AUGACUAGGUACGGGGGAAUGGGGAGGACGCGCCCUAAAAAGCUCACCUCCAAGGCCUCUAUCCCUAUAGUCCGGGAAGAGGAUAUUGAUAUAAUCGAUGAUGAGGUCCAGAAUACCCUACAACAGAUCGAGACUGGCGUUGAAAAGGCGGAGGAAUCGGAAUUCCAUCUUCAAGCUGCAAUAAAUGCAACUGCACGGGGAAAAGUAAACGAGGCGCAUAUCCCUACCCCAGAGACCAUUCUCAGUAAUCUUCGAUAUGACGAGCUCUACCCCCCUCUCUUCUCGCAGCCGGCGACGUAUAUUCGCUUCUCCUCGACUGUCGAGGAUUGCUGCGCCUGUCCGUAUAACAUGACCGAAGAGGAUGAUGUCUUCCUCAAGAUCAUGAACCAGAAACGGGAUGCCUCCGCCCAAUGUACCGAGGACCAGUUCGAGGAAGUGAUGAAUUUCUUCGAAGAGACGACUCAAACUAAGCAACCAUUCGCGGCUGUAGAUAGUCCGCCAGUGUUGUCUUUUUCGGAGAUGCAGGAGGCGAUGGACAGUGCCGUAGAGGACAGUGUAAAGCGAUUCGCCAAGGAUAUCUAUGAGCACUGGAAGACGAGAAGGACGGAGACGGAGAACCAGUCACUAUUGUCGGGCCUCAAGUUCGAAACUGGUCAAGAUACCGAUGAUACCGAUCCAUAUGUUUGCUUCCGUAGGCGCGAGGUCCGCCAGAUUCGCAAGACCCGCGGCAGAGAUGCUCAAAGUGCCGACAAAUUGAGAAGGCUCAGAAAGGAACUGGAAGAUGCUCGGCAGUUGAUCGCAUUGGUGCGGCAGCGCGAGCUAGCAAGGAAGGAGAUGCUUGCGAUUGAACGGCAUGUGUUCCUGCAGCGGUCCGAAGUCAAGGAGAUGAAGAGGAAACUCAACAUCAAGGAUGACGACGAGGACCUCAUCAACCAGAAGCCAAAGAAGAAGCCGACAGAGGCGCCCGCGGUACAACGACCGGCAGCACCUCAGCUUCGGAUGCCGCAAAAGCCUGGUACCCAGACAGCAGAAGACCUGCAGUUGCUGGAAGAUGUCCAGGCGGAGAAGGAAAACGAAAUCUUGCGCGAUAUCAAGCAAAAUAUCGCCAAGCACAUCAAGUGGAACGAGGGUUACGUGGACUUGACAAGAGCACCACUGUCACCGUCUCCCGAAAGAACAUUCGAUGCUGCUUUCCGCCCGGCAAUCACCGCGCAGUUGCCCACUCCACCAUCAUCGGAAUCGUCCGAAAACAUGAUGGAUACGGCUUUAGAUACCACCAGUGCCCUAUCUUUCCGAGAUAAACUAGCUCCUAGUACAAUGGAGAUGCACGAGGAUACCAGCAAGAUACCCUCAUUCCGGAGACGUAUUGGGCGUGGUGGUCGGAUGAUGAUUGAUCGCCGCAAUCUUGCCUCGCGCUGUAGAGUGGAAAUGGACCCGUUCAAAGCUGACCGAUUCAAAUAUGACCGGGAAGAUUCGGAUGACGAGUCGGACUAUGAACGAGACCAAUAUGAUAUCCAGAUCAUGCAGCAUCGGGCCAUCAUGGCGGCCAAGGCCCGCGACCAAGCUGCAGCAGCCCAGGCACAUGCGCAAGCGCAAGCCCAGGCUCAGGCGCAGCGACGGUUGCAGGCCGACCAAGCCGCCGCCAAUAAUGGACCACCAAACAUGGGGCAGACAAUGGGAUCGAAUCCUGGGCCUGGAGCCGUUGCCACCCCUACAGCGGAGACUUGA